AUGGAGCUGAGCGCGCCGGACUCCGCCCGCAACGGAGCGCUGCUCAUUGCCUGCCAAGAGCGCAGCUUCGAGCCCGGCCCCUUGUUGAAAGGUCCGCCCCCCUCCCCCGAGGAAGCUGCAGCAUUGAAGCUCUUCAGCCGCGCUAGGCAAGGGCAGGGCAGCGGCAUUUGCCCGCGCACUUUGGAAAGCGGCGGCAGCUCUCCCGUUUCCUUGCCGGCUAAGUGA